UGUAGCUAAUUUACGCUCAUUGCUCAUGGAGAGGCUAUAAAAGAGCGGUGCUGGUACAGCUCAUGCAAUAGUUUACUCAAAAUGCAAUUCGGAAUUACAAGUGCCGCGCUAAUCCUCGCCUGCACUCUGUGGGCAGCUGUCGAAGGCUGCCAAAGCGUCGAGCAGCGUUUCAAGUUUGAUAACAGCGACGUCUACCUGAGAUUGAGACGUGGCACAAAGCUCCAGUAUGAGCUGAUGAAGGGCAGCCGCUCGUUGCAGCGGGUCACAUUGGAUAACUUCGAGAGCAGCGGUGAUCUGGUGGCCACAUCCACGGGCAGCUACAAGCUAAGCGAUGGCAUUACCACCAUCGAGUUCUCCUUGGUGAAAUCCACAAAUGGACUGACGCAUGUUCGUGUGGCACGCGAUCAGGUAUUGAUGGGCACUCAGCCGAGGGAUUGCCUGGCUCUGCAGAUGGGUCGCGUUCAUUGGUAUGGCGGCGCCGAGCAGAAGCAGCAUUAUUGGCCCAUCGAGCGGCAGGAAUACACCAACUUCCCUUAUGUGCCCAAGGAACUGGGCAACAUGGGUGUUGCGGAACGCUACUGGCUUAAUAGCGAGGGAUUCUUCCUCUACGUGGACAACACAACGCCAUUGUUCAUUGAUCAAAAUGCUGCCGGAAGGGAGGAUCAGUUGUGCAUUAGUGCGUUGAGUGCUCUACCCUAUGACACUCACUUGUCGUCGGCCAAGUUUAGCUACCAUCUGGUCUUUGCCAAGGAUGCUAAGGCGGCGCACAUGUAUGCGGUGCAGACAAUGUUUGGCAAACCCACUGGACAUCCGGAUGAGCGUAUGGUGCAGCAUCCGGUUUGGUCUACUUGGGCACUGUACAAGGCUGAGAUCACCGACAAGGUAGUCCGCGAUUUUGCCAAGCAAAUUCUGGAUAAUGGCUUUGAGAACAGUCAGCUGGAGAUUGACGAUGAUUGGGAAGAUUGCUAUGGUGCUCUCACAUUCCGUAAGAAUAAGUUCCCGGAUCCCAAGAAACUGACGGAUGAUCUGAAGGAGCUGGGCUUCCGCGUUACCCUCUGGAUACAUCCGUUCAUCAACAACAACUGCACGGCCAUCUACGAGACGGCCAAGAAGCAGGGAUAUCUGGUGAUGAAUCCCGCCGGCAACUCUGACACUCAGUGGUGGAACAGUGUGCCUAAGGAUGCUGCCUAUCUGGACUUUACCAAGGAGGCGGUGCGGGAUUGGUUCAGCACACGGCUGAAGCGUCUCCAGACGGAGGAUGGCAUCGACAGCUUCAAGUUCGAUGCCGGCGAGUCCAGUUGGGUGCCCACGGAGGCAGUGCUGCAGGGAGAUGCGAAUCUGACGCCACUGCAAAUCACCACGGACUAUGUGCGCACGGUGGGCGCCUUUGGGGAUAUGGUUGAGGUGCGCUCCGGCCAGAACACUCAGGAUUUGCCCAUCUUUGUGCGCAUCGUGGACAAGGACUCCGAGUGGGGAUGGAACAAUGGUCUGGUUACGCUAAUCACAUCCCUGCUGCAGAUGAAUCUGAAUGGCUAUCCGUUUGUGCUGCCGGACAUGAUUGGCGGCAAUGGCUACAAUGAGAAGCCCCCAAGUAAGGAGCUCUUCUUGCGCUGGCUGCAGGCCAACGUUUUCAUGCCCAGUCUGCAGUUCUCCUUUGUCCCCUGGACCUUUGACGCUGAGACCAUCGAGAUUAGCAAAACCUUCACAAAGCUGCAUGCGGAUUAUACGCCGUACAUUAUGAAGAUGUUCAAGCGUGCCACGGAAACUGGAGAGCCUGUGAAUGCGCCACUCUGGUGGAUUUCGCCCAAUGAUGCAGUUGCACAGAGCAUCUACGAUGAGUUUUUGCUGGGUGAUGACAUUAUUGCGGCACCUGUUAUUGUGGAAGGCGCCACCAAUCGAGACAUUUAUCUGCCCGCAGGCGACUGGACCGAUGGCAACACCAAAGCCAUCCAUAAGGGUCCCGUAUGGCUCAUGGAGUACUCUGCACCGCUUAACACGUUGCCCUACUUUGUGCGCGUCGGCGCCCAGUUGGAGUAACUCUCAGUUGCUUUGCGCUUUUUAAUAUAAUGCUUAAUUCAAUUUAACUUUGUCUAUAUAUUUGCAUUUAAUAAAAUUGUUCGUGGCAUGUGCCUUUGAAAUUAAAAAUUAA